GGUCAUUAAAUGCCAAUUUUUCUAAUGGUGUGGUAAUUGUGCGGUUGUGGUGUAUAAGUCUUCGAUUCUCGAGUCAUUUGUAAUUUAAUUGAGUGAAAUAUUUAUUGCGUACAGUUAUUGUUUUAAUAAUCAAGCCUGGUUUAAUAAGAAUACAGGAUGUCUGCAGAUAACAUUGAAAAAUUGUACCAAAAUUAUGGUAUUUUAGCCGACGCCAAAGAUGACAUAUCUAAGCAUGAAAAGGAAUACCUAGAAAUAUUAGCCGCUGUGAAAGGAUCUGACAAAGAAAAGCGCCUGGCGUCACAGUUUAUUGCGAAAUUUUUCAACAGUUUUCCAACGUUGGCAGAUCAAGCCAUUGAAGCCCAGUUCGAUUUGUGCGAGGAUGAUGAUGUUGCCAUCCGCAAACAAGCUAUCAAAGAUUUACCAACUCUUUGCAAAGAUCACAAGGAGCACACUCAACGGAUUGCUGACAUUCUCGCCCAACUAUUGCAAUCAGAGGACACUACUGAAAUCAAUGUGGUUUCAAACUCAUUACUGGCUAUCCUAAAGAUUGACCCCAAAGGUGCACUGACUGGCAUGUUUUCACAAAUACAUCAAAACACAGACAGUGAAGUUACUAAUGAGAUUGUACGGGAGAGAUGCAUUAAGUUUAUAGCUACUAAAGUAAAGCAACUAGGCAGAGAAGUCAUCAACAAAGAAGCUGAAGAAUUGAUUAUAGCUGAAUGCAAAAAGCUUUUGGAGAUCCAAGAUGUUGUGGCAGAGGAAUUGGAGCACAUAAUGGAUUUGUUGACAUGGUCUAAGUUAGGGAAGACUCCAGCAGGAAAGAAGGAACUUGUUCAGAUAUUAGCUGCAUUAGCUUUCACUCCAGAUGACUGGCACCCAGAGGAUCCUGAGUAUGUGGACCGUGUUGUUCAGUGUUCUCAGCAUGCAUUGCCACUGUUUUCUGCUCAAGUGGACUCAACUCAGUUUGUUAACUUCUUCUGUGAUCAUGUGCUCAAUGGAUGGGACAGUGUGACUACUACAGAGGGAACAGAUUCAAAGCUUGAACUGCUGAAGUUAUUUGCUGAGCUUACAGAACAUUGUGGAGAACUUGAAAAUGCUCAGCAAAAAAUUGAUUCAGUCUACCAACUGUUAAUGAAAUACUUACCAGAAGCACCACUUGAGAGUGAGGAAAAUGCAGGUGAAAAGACAGAAGAAAAGCCUGAAGAAUCUAAGACGACGCCAUCUCUUCAAUUUUCCCAUGUUGAGUGUGCACUAUUUGGUUUACACUCAUUGUGCCGCAAAGCGCCCGACGCCUUGGGAGCAGAUGCCACAAAACUUAAGGCUUUACGCUUGCGCCUUCAGUAUACCGCAAGACUCACGCAGGGUUACAUUAAAAAGCUUAAGGAAGUGACACAGAGCCAAAAAGGUGAAGAUGCUAAUUCAGAAGAAAACAAGUUGAAAAUAGCAGCUUUGAAAACAACUUCUAACAUCAACACUCUGAUCAGAGACUUGUUCCGGACUCCACCAAGUUUCAAGAGUAAAGUUCAACUAUCAUUCCAGUCUAAGAAAACUGAAAAAGAGGAAAAACUAACACCCAAUUCUGAUGAAACAAAACAAUCACCACCAGCACAAAAAAGACAUCGCCCAAUAACAUUUGACAAUGAAAAUGAAAAGGAAUCUCCUGAAAAGCGCUCACGAAGUGGCGACAGGAAUUUAAAAAUGUACACCCCACCAUCUGGCAAAUACAGCUCAAGAUUAAAUAACAAUGGAAGGUUCUCUGGGAAUAAUACUGGGGGGAGGGGCGGACGAGGGGGUUAUGGUAGAAGGGACUUCAGAAACAAUGGGGCGCCAUUCAGAAGGCGCAAUAACUAUUAGAACUCGUUCAAUUAGAAGAAACUUUCCAUAUGACAAACAUUUUACUAUGAAAUAAUCAUAGUAAGAUAUAUUUUCUCUAGCUCAGGGGGCAACAAUGACACAAAACAUCAACUAUUUUAUAUAAAACGUCUCGAGAUUUCUUGCAGCUAGAGGUGUUCUUGAUCGUUUCCAACGGUUAUUUAUUGUUGUUUAGGUUGCCGUCAACAUCCACAGAGUUUGAAGCAAUUUUUAUAAUUACAGAUAUUUGAGACAAUUAUUUUGGCAGUAUAGUAGUUUAGUUGUGUUGUAGGUGAUUUCUUGAUAUAAUUCGACUAAUCGGUCAGCUGUAUUUAUUCGCAUAGAAGACAUCACAGCAGAGGGCAGAUUCUUUUCUAGUAGAUCCCUUUAUAUAAAGUUCCAGUAGUACAUAAGCAUGGUAAGUAACGUGGUUUCAAAUUACAAUUUAAGUUAGCAGUCAUGAUGGACUGGUUUAGCAUUUUGACAUUUUAGGUAAGUAUUUCAAAUACAUAGUUAUAGUGUAUGGACAUUUAUUUAGCAGGUCUCUCAUCUUAAGCUUGGUCUGCGGCUGGUUGCAACUUGCAGCGUAAGUAUAUUACAAAGUAUUUAAGAUACUUUUGUUUUUAGCUAUCCAUGAGUUACAGAGGCAGUCAGUUUUCAGGAAGGAUGUACUGGACUUUCUUUCAGAUUUUCAUUAAACUUAUAGAUGGCAAAGAAGACAUAUACACUGUUUUUUUAAUUACAGAAUGAAUACUUUUGGAAUUCCACUGCAGGAAUAAAGAGUUUAUUAAAA